AUGGAGUCGGCGCAAUACUCACGCCUCCCAACGCUGCCGCACCCGGACUCAUUCGAGCUGGAGCCCGACUACCUCGAACUCGAGAAGCUCGUCCUGCACCCGCCCACCCGAGCUGCGCGAUUGAGGAAGUGGGCGCAUCGCAAUGCUCUGUUCGUGGGCCUUGUCGCCCUCUUCCUCACCGUCGCCACGCUCUACAUCGCGACGACACUCGCAGCCAGGCCGGGGCUGGGGCUUAUGGGCCGACCCUCAGGAGCAUCUCUGAAGCAGGCGAUAGAAGAACAACCGGCCGAGAGGCCCAAGAUCGCGGAAACAGACAAAGGCAUCGUGCUAGAAGAAGGCCCCGACCAAACCGACAUCGAAGGCGACCAAGGCCUGCUGGCAGACGACGGCGACGCGGUGGAAGUACAAGGGGCCGGCAAUAACGGCAACGUGACCCUCGAUGUGCCGGGAGCAGACGUCGUGGCUGAAGAUGGGAAGGGCCAAGCAUCACUGCAGGGCCCACCAGCUUCGCAGGAAGACCCGCCGGAGCCCCCCAUGCCGAUCAAGGCGGUCUUCUACAGCGGCUCCGAGGGCCCCAAGACAUGCCGCGGGCACGUGCUCGCCGUGAUCAACCUCCCCAAGCCGGCUGGGCUGGGCGUGACGGGCGAGGCGCAGUGCUACAACUUCCCGGGCGAGCAGUACUCCGGGUGUGCCAACUUCAUGGCCAACAAGGUGGACGGGUGCGCGGCCAAGGUGUUUGGGGACACGAACUGCCGGACCUACCUCAACACGGCCGCGUUCAUGGCCGAGGACAGGGCGGUCGGGGGCCACUGGCGCAGCGUAGAAGUGCAGUGUGGCAUCCCGGAGCCUGAUCCUGCGACGCUGGGGAAGCCUCCCAUGAUGGACAAGAUCUCGUCCAUGGUGGAUAACGACAAGGCAAAGGGCGGGAAACGGCAGGCAAGCAGUGGCGCGCAACCAUGA